UCUGUCCUCCUAGUAUUGUCAGCAAUGCUGCUCUUCUGUGGAGCUCAUGUUCAUACCGAGGCACUUGGCUGGAGUGUACCUUUAUCGGGAGUGACCAUUCCAGUUUGACAUCCACAGCAACAAAAUCAUGGACCAUGGAAAUAACUCUCCUGCUGGGUUCACUGAUGACACAGCAGCAUGCAUUGUAUCUGUAAAAGGCCUGAAAGACAACUGGCAGAAGUGGUCUGACAAUCACCAGGAACACCAGAAGCACAACCCCUUCAGUCACGACACGAGACCAAUGGCAGUGGUCCCCCAGAGGGGGCAAUACGAUUAUGGGAGGCCUCUGCAGGGCUCAUUGACGGCACAACGCGGGGAGGAUGCUCACACACACAUCAGCAGGGAGGUCCAGGAGCUGUGUGAGGUUAUUAGAAAGAUUGGAGAGCAGACAUAUGAAGACGGAGCUGGUAGAGGCAUCUCUGUAAAAUUUGGCAAGCUGUUUGAGCAUUACGUGACAAUCUCGAACAAACUAGUGGGGAUUCUUCUACGAGCCCGGAAGCAGAAGAUGGUUGACUUUGAGGGUGAAAUGCUGUGGCAAGGGAAGGAUGAUGAUGUUAUGAUUACUCUGUUGCAAUGACCAAAAAGUAAAGAUUUAUUGUAGAAGCCUAAUAUAACAUUUUUGAAGCUAAAAAAAAGAAAUUGCAUGGUGUUUGUUGCUUAUUACAUGAAGCCAAAUAUUGCUACAUAAAAGCCAAUCAUACUUUACCUCAUUGCAGUUAAAAGCCAAUUCCCAUUUAUGUUUAUUGACAAGAUGUGGAUGAGUGGAACUUCAAUAAUUCAAAUGAAGUCACACACGGUGCUAUAUGAUGAACUUGAUGUAACCUACUUAAAAUAUAACACACAAGGGGUUUGAUAAAUGAAAUAUUCAUAGUA